CAGCGCAACAGCAUACAGCACGCAGCAGCGGCCGCGCCACCACAGCGAACAGCGAGGCACACCUCGAGUCGCGAGAGGCUUCCCCGUUCGUCUCCCUUCCUCCGCAAAGCUUCGCUUUGCUCUCGCGCGCGCGCCCCUGUCCGUCCGCUCCAGCUAGCUAGAUCCCCCGGGCAGCCGAUCGGUGGGGUUCCGGUGUGUGGUGGUGGCGGCGGCGGAGAGGGAAGCUGCGGGGGCCGGGAGGGCGGCGGGGAUGCCUCUGCUGCGCCGGCGCCGGCGGGGCCGGUGACGCCCGCCGUGGCGGUCGCCUGUGGUGAGCGGGACGGGGAUCGGGACCGCCUGUGUCGGGGUGGAAGGGGGAGCGAGGCGGCGAGGACGGUUGGGUUGGAUUGGAUUGGACUGGACUAGGUUGCGCGCCGUCUGUUGAGGAGAGAAUUGAGAUUGGGAGUUGUUCGUCCGCGGUGUGUACUUGGUAACUUCACGGGGGAGAAAGCAACUUGAUCCGAUCCCUUCAACAGUAGAGUUGAGGUCGUUACACAAGGGACUUCUUAGGGUGGUAUUUGAUUAUUUUGGAGCUGUGAGACUCUGCACUAAAUAGUCCACUCUUCGGUCUGGGUCCAUCUAAGCAAAGUAUUAGAACUUUAAGCACACUUAAACCCAGGUUACAGCAAGUGUUUGGCCUUAGCAGAGUAACGGCAAUUGGAUCAAUUCAAGUGGGUGAGUGGAAUCGAUCCUUCAGAAGAUUCUGAUCCAAGUUCAAUUCACGAGUAGAUUCGUGAAUUCUAUAGGUUUUCUCGUGGAAAUUGAACACUAAUUUGGCUGCUCUUUUGGGGCCGGGCGCACAAAUUUGAAAUAUUGGGAGUGCUGGUGUGAUAUAGAGGUCUAGGAGGAGAUAUGAGGUACUACUUGCGUCAGGUCCAGCGUUUGGUUGGGGAUAUGGAAGGAGGAGCUCUCUUGUUUAUAGAUGACCUCAACUCCAAGUGACCAAGCGAGCAGCUGUUGAACAAUUCCCUUCUAUUUCUGUUUCUUUUUCCUGUGGAUUUGGAGAUGGAGAUGAAUUCCUCUGGUGAGGAAAUGGUUGUAAAGGUAAGAAAGCCGUACACAAUAACAAAGCAGCGGGAGCGGUGGACUGAGGCAGAGCACAAACGCUUCCUUGAAGCCUUGAAACUUUAUGGAAGAGCAUGGCAGCGCAUAGAAGAGCAUGUUGGGACAAAGACGGCUGUGCAGAUUAGAAGUCACGCUCAAAAGUUCUUCACCAAGUUGGAAAAGGAAGCUAUGAACAAUGGUACUUCUCCAGGGCAAGCUCAUGACAUUGAUAUACCUCCACCACGGCCUAAAAGGAAGCCUAACAGUCCAUAUCCUCGAAAAAGUGGUCUCAGCUCUGAGACACCAUCGAAGGAAGUUCCAAAUGAUAAGUCAACAAAAUCAAAUUUGACAGUGGGCAAUGGCAAUGUACAAAUGGCAGGCGAUGUGUCUCUGCAGAAAUUUCAGAGGAAGGAGGUGUCUGAAAAAGGAAGCUGCUCGGAAGUUCUUAAUCUCUUCCGAGAUGCCCCAUCUGCAUCAUUUACUUCAGUUAACAAAAGCUCUUCGAAUAAUGGUGUACCCAGGGGGAUUGAACCAACCAAAAAAGAAAUCCGAGAUAUGACUACCAUGGAAAAGAAUUCAAUUAAUCCCACCAUGCAAGAGGAUGUAAAAGAGAUCAAUGAUCAGGAAAUGGGAAGGGUUAAUGGAAUCCACAUCAGUUCUAAAUGUAACCAUUCGAAUGAAGAAUAUUUGGACUUCUCAAUGCAACAAAUGAAGCUAAAGCCAAAGUCUUCGGAGACAACAUAUGUGGACAAACAAACUGCAAGAACCUCACAUACCCUGGCAGAGAGGAAUGGUGCAACUAGCAUUCCUGUCACUGGAAUUGAAGGAACUCAUCCUGAUCAAACAAGCGAUCAAGUGGGAGUCAAUGGAAGUAUGAGUCCAUGCAUCCAUCCAAUGCUUUCUAUGGAUCCAAAAUUUGAUAGCAGUGCCACACCACAGUCUUUUCCUCAUAAUUAUGCUGCCUUUGCUCCGAUGAUGCAGUGCAACUGCAACCAGGAUACCUACAGAUCAUUCAUGAACAUGUCAUCCACCUUCUCCAGCAUGCUUGUUUCCACAUUGUUGUCAAACCCUGCCAUCCAUGCAGCCGCUAGGCUCGCAGCAUCGUACUGGCCAGCAGCAGAAGGUAAUACUCAUGUUGAUCCAAAUCAAGAAAAUCCUGCGGAGGGUGUUCAAGGAAGAAACUUAGGCUCUCCUCCAAGCAUGGCUUCUAUUGUAGCAGCUACAGUUGCUGCAGCAUCUGCAUGGUGGGCAACACAAGGUCUUCUCCCUUUUCUCGCUCACCCCAUGGCUUUUCCAUUUGUACCAGCUCCUAGUGCUGCCUUUCCCACAGCAGAUGUUCCACGACCUUCAGAGAAAGACAGAGAUUGCCUGGUUGAAAAUGCACAAAAGGAAUGCCAAGAAGCUCAGAAACAAGGCCAGUCUGAAGCUUUGAGAGUUGUUGCAUAUUCAGAGUCUGAUGGGAGUAGAAAAGGCGACAUGUCUAUCCAUACUGAAUUAAAGAUAUCUCCUGUCCAGAAUGCUGAGGUCACACCUACCACAGGAGCUGACACAAGUGAUGCAUUGAGGAAUAAGAAAAAGAAGGAUCGCUCUUCAUGCGGCUCCAACACGCCUUCAAGUAGUGAUGUAGAGGCAGUAAAUGUUCCUGAGAAGGAAGACAAGGUUAACGACAAGGCAAAGCAAGCCUCCUGCAGUAACUCUUCAGCUGGUGACACUAAUCACCGCAGGUUUAGAAGCACUGGAAGCACAAGUGAUUCGUGGAAGGAAGUUUCGGAAGAGGGUCGUCUGGCAUUCGAUGCACUGUUCAGUAGAGAAAAGCUUCCACAAAGCUUUUCUCCCCCACAGGCAGAAGAAUCAAAGGAGGUUGCCAAUGAGGAGGAAGAUGAAGUGACCACAGUUACGGUUGACCUCAACAAGAACGCCACAAGCAUUGAUCAUGAGCUCGACAUGAUGGAUGAGCCAAGAACUUCCUUCCCCAAUGAAUUGUCACACCUGAAGCUUAAAUCACGCAAAACAGGCUUCAAACCAUACAAGAGAUGUUCUGUGGAAGCGAAGGAGAACAGGGUGCAGGCUAGCGAUGAGAUUGGUACCAAGAGGAUCCGUCUUGAGAGCGAAGCAUCAACCUGAUUCCUACAUGGCUGCCGGCCAGCCUCUUCAUGGACUUUGUGUCAAAAAUUAUAUUUACACCUGAGCUAUUAUAGGACUUCAGACCUUGCAAUGCAAUGCUUCAUUAAACUCAAUUUAUUGUGUGUUGUAUUUUAAUGCUUGCCAAGCAGCCUGUCUAGACUGCUUUAAAACCUUAUCUCGUAGACUCUGAAUUAAGCAUUAAGCGACUCUUGAACUUCUUGGUCAAAAGGUAUAUUUUUUCCUUA